AUGCUUAAUAAAGAAUAAAAUUUCUUUACAGUAAAAGACGUUGCAGCAGCCUCAUUUAUUAGAGCAUAUGCUGACCACUUAAAAAAAGCAAACAAGCUUAAAGUUCCUUCAUGGACGGAAUGGACAACAACAUCUACUGCCAAUGAAUUAGCUCCAACAGACCCUGAUUGGGUUUAUUUAAGAGUAGCUGCAAUUGCACGUAAAGUUUAUUUAAAACCUCAUACUGGUGUUUCAACUUUAAGACAUAUUUUUGGAUCAGUUAAAAGAAGAGGGUGCUUAAGAAACAUCCACGAGCAUGCACAUGGUAAAUUUAUUAGAUGGUCCUUGUAAUAAUUGGAAGAAUUAAAAGCAUUAACUGGUAACAAUAAAUCUAAUACAAAUAAUUAAUAAAAUUCAGCUGGUUGUUGUCCUUGUUGUACUUUAACUUUUUGGAGAAGAUACUUUGACGUAACAGAAGGAGACGUGGCAAAAAGAUUAAGAUCAGCAUUAUUUUUGACACCUUCAUUUUGCGAAAUCAUGGAAGGACAUCCAGAUUUAUAUGGACCAUUUUGGAUUUAUACAACCAUAGUUGUUAUAUUAUCAAUAUCUUCAAAUAUUUGUAGUUAUUUACAUUUACGGGGAUCUUAAACAUUAUUUAAUUAUGAUUUUAACUUUGUUUCAGUAGCAGCGAGUUUAGUAUAUGGUAUUGGUAUAUUGACACCUAUUGUAUUAUGGUGUGUUGUUAAGUUAUUAUUUAAAGUAAAAAUCAAACUUAUUUAAACAAUAUGCUUAUAUGGCUAUUCUGAAACUUGCUUUAUUAUUAUUUCCUGCCUAUUACUUAUUCCAAGCACAGUAAAAUAAUAAUAUCAGUAUAUUUUAAUUUUAUAAAAAAUAAAAAAGAUUUUACAAUGGGUUUUGAUUGCUUAUGGAAUGAUUGUUUCUUCAACGUUUUUCUUUAGAAAUAUAAAAAAAGAAAUGGAUGAAUUAGAUUCCAAUUAAAAAUAUGUUGUUUUUGCUAUUGUUUUAGGUUUUCAAAGUGUAUUAUGCUUAACAUUCAAAUUUUAUUUCUUUAGAUUAAUUAAAAUACCUGAUACACCAUAAAAUUGA